UACUCUCUGUGGCUUUUAUACUUAGCCUGAUACUCAUGGACGUUGGACAGACCAGAGGCAGGGAUGGUUGGCUAUGACGCCAAAGCAGAUGCCAGGAGUAACUCCAAGUUGGAGGUGGCGGUGGCAGGAUCAGUGGCAGGAUUUGUCACUCGUGCCCUGAUCAGCCCUUUGGAUGUCAUCAAGAUCCGAUUCCAGCUCCAGCUUGAACGCGUGUGUCCAAGUGACCCCAAUGCCAAAUACCACGGAAUCCUCCAGGCGGCCAAGCAGAUUCUGCAAGAAGAGGGCCCAAGAGCAUUCUGGAAAGGACAUGUUCCAGCCCAGAUCCUGUCCAUAGGCUAUGGAGCCGUCCAAUUUUUGGCCUUUGAAGAACUGACUGAACUGCUUUACCAAGCCAACUUGUAUCAAACCCACCAGUUCUCAGCGCACUUUGUAUGUGGUGGCCUGUCUGCCGGUACAGCCACCCUCACCGUGCACCCUGUGGAUGUCCUGCGCACCCGCCUUGCAGCUCAGGGGGAGCCCAAGGUCUACAGCAAUCUGAGAGAGGCCAUACGCACCAUGUAUAGGACGGAGGGCCCCUUCGUCUUCUACAAAGGCUUGACUCCCACUGUGAUCGCCAUCUUCCCGUACGCGGGCUUGCAGUUCUCCUGCUACCGUUCCUUGAAACUCGCCUAUGACUGGGUCAUGCCGCCAGACGGAAAGCAAACAGGGAACCUUAAAAACCUGCUUUGUGGCUGUGGAUCUGGAGUCAUCAGCAAGACCCUUACGUAUCCCCUGGACCUCUUCAAGAAGCGCCUGCAGGUGCGGGGGUUUGAACAUGCCCGAUCUGCCUUUGGCCAGGUUCGGAGAUACAGGGGCCUCUUGGACCUCGCCCAGCAGGUGCUACAACAUGAAGGCACCCGGGGCUUCUUCAAGGGCCUGUCCCCCAGUCUGAUGAAGGCUGCACUCUCCACUGGCUUCAUGUUCUUCUGGUAUGAGCUCUUCUGUAACCUCUUCCAUUGCAUAAGGAGGGAAGACAGAUAGCUGUGAGGCGGGAGGGGCCUAAGGUCUGCACUGGAGGCCCCUCCCCCAACAAGACUUGGCUCCAAGCUCAUACUGAACAAUGGCUGCUGCCUGGUUGGCCUUCUAGGCCAGCUGCUGUGCGCAUGAAGAGUCAUCCAGAGCUGAAAGCAGAAGAAGGCAAGGAAGGGCCUUUGCUGAACAGAAUGAAGAGAGAAGGGAGUGCUUGCACUGUAGAAAGAAGGCCGUGGGGAAGGAGCCUGGUGCCUGGUGUGUCUCUCCUCUGACCAGCCUAACCCGGAAGGAACUGACCAUCUUUUUUUGUAGUCCUGGUUUUGGGGAGAACACUCCUAGUCCUGGUAGGACCACACUGGAGUGCAGACAGAUGGGAUCGGGCUUUUUGCAGAAUUCUGACCUCCACAACUUGGUCUGUUUCUCCUGCCAACUUAUUUAAUAGACAUUAAAGUAAAAGGCAUGUUCCUUGUGUCACUCCUGUAGCUUAGGAACUACAUCCCCACUGAGGGAGGACGAUGGGAGGGGCCUUUCUGGCCUGCAGCCCUGAGGUAGCCAUACUCAUCAGCUUAGGGGAGAACCCUACCAUAUGGGUAGCUUCUGAACUCCCAGACCCAGACCUUUGUGCCUGUGAGGCUCAGGGACAGGUGAGGAAGGAAACAGACAGAACCAGCUUCUAGGCAGAAAAGGCAGGAAGUGAAGGGGAUGUGCUGAGCGGGACUGGAGUCGGAAAGUGUUGGCCUGACCCUCAGUCUUGUCACUGGCCUUGGUUAGCUCUGCCGAGUGCAGAGCACUCAGGGCAGGGGCCAUCAGCUCUGCAUGCUGCACACUGUGUCCUCUAACCCCAGGUGGCCUCGGCCCCACAGCGGUCCAGUGAUGAGAUGUCCGACAGCCUGUGGCGGUCCAGUGAUGGGUGUCCUGGUGAGAUAGGUUGGCACCUGCCAGCAGCGCCAGAAACCCAAAUUAAGAGGGAACAUUUUGCUCACAGGGGCACAAGAAUCAUGUGACUGCCGACUUUUCCAUACUCAAGCCUAGCAGUGGGGUGGUCUAGAGAGGGAGGGGAGGAGAGAGUUCUUGACUUUGAGGGAUCCCGGACCCUGCCAUGACUUGGAUUGUGAUGUCUGCUGGGAAUGGCCUGAUCAUGGAAACUGGGACUCUGCCCUGCCUGUCAGUCCCAUUCUCAGCCUCUGUGGUCUACUGUAGCCCUCCCCUACUGGUUGAACCUUUUGUGAUCUUUUCUGAAGGCCUAGGGUCACUUGGGAGGGCUUCUGAGGCAGGUAGGCUGUUGGCUAACUAGGCUUGGAGCAGCAGGAGUGUUUUGUGACCCUACUCCUGGAGAGGUGUGAAUAAAUGUAUAUACCAGA